GAUUCUGACGCCCAGAUUAGGACCAUUAGUCUCUUUACCCUACAUUUCCGCGGGACUGUUCCUAACGCCUGAUUCGUCAGCUACCAUCACGUUUCCUUUUACCUCGUACCUGUCCUGUUCAAGUCAUCAACACUACCACUCACUUGCUGCUUCAAGGCAUGAUCACCGACUGGAAUGAGCUGAGCAAUGGCUACGAAAUACCAAAUCUUUUCUAUGGGACCUACAAAGUACUCGAUGAAAUCUUACCCUGUUUGGACUCUGCUCUUGGAGCGGGAUACCGAGGAAUCGACACCGCCGCCUAUUAUCACAAUGAAAGACGAAUCGGAGAGGCAUUGAAAAUUUUGAGGCCAAAGUACAACCUGGAGCGGAAAGAUAUAUUCUUGUCCACAAAGCUUCCACCCAAAUCUUAUGGAAUCACAGCCGCCGUCAAUUCGUUUCGUUUGUCACAGGAAGCGCUAGAGACACCUUACAUCGACCUCUACAUGAUACAUUGGCCCGGACUACAAGGGUUUUCUCCUACAAAACUGGAGCGACAGGGGCAUAUGGCUGAUAUAAGAAAAGGCACAUGGAAGGCUCUGGAAGAAUUGGUGAUACAGGAUAAAACACUGGCUCAACAAUUAGAGGAUACCAACUUGUCUCCAUCAACCACUGUCACCGGAAGCGGGGCCUACCGCGCUAUACGUUCGCUUGGAAUUUGUAACUAUCUCCCGCGACAUAUUCAUGAACUUUCUGGGUACGCUUCGAUUCCUCCUGCUGUCGUACAGUAUGAAUUCCACCCCUAUCUGAGUGUCUCUGCACAAGAGCACCCAAUGAGACGUAUAUGCACGCGGCUUUUUCCUAUGCAAGCUGUACAUUUUCAAGCGCGGACAAUUUUUGCUGAUGGAUCGCCGGAGUUACUGUCUAGUCCCAUACUACAGGCUAUCAGUAACGAGUUGGGAAGGACGCCAGCACAAAUACUUAUACGAUGGUCGUUGCAAAAAGGUCACAGUGUGGUCGCCAGAUCAACAAAACCGAGGCAUAUAAUUGAAAACUCGCGCGUCUUCGAGUGGGAAUUGAGUCCUGCAGCAAUGUCCAGUAUUGACGGCAUGGAAAGAAAUCAGCGAUUCUGUUGGGAUCCAAAUACUGUACCGUGAUUUCUGCCAAAAUGUUUUAACUUUAACGCAGUUAUAUCAAAAUUUUUCGAGGUUUUCUGUUUCGGUUGCGUUUUCUGCCUUGCUGAUUCAAGAAAACCUAUCACUUCAGAUAAUUGUUGCACUCUUCAGCGACGAUGGAAAAUGGACGCAACAUGCUCCCAUACUAUUACAUUUUUC